AUGCCGGCCGCUGCGGCGAUGGUUUCGAUGUCGAGCGAACCGCCCUACUACGAUGGGCCGAAAAAGAGCUCCGGCAAAUUUCUGACCCACUUUGCGCGCCGACUGCGCAUUGGCAAAGGUUCGAAAUCGAAACCGUCCGUCGGACUGAUCGAGAUGGACUCGGAGGAAGAUCGGCAGGGUGUCGAUGGGGAAGAGAUUGUGAUACUGCGGCACGGCGGUACCGCACCGGAUGAGCUGUUGACGGGGGGUAGUUCCGGUGCUGAGUCGGGCACGAUGGUGCUGGUAGUGCCGGGGGCAACCGUUGUGACAGCGCCACCAUUUAAGCGUGGUCACUCGUUCCGGCAGAGUCUGAGCUAUCUGCUCAAGCGCAACCGGCCAAAGAUGACAGAACGGUCCUGUACCAGUGAUAGCGAUGUGGUGCACGAGCUGGAUGAAGAUGCGGCGACGGUACGGAAAGCUAAAAGGCCCGUGCUGGAUGUGUUUAUGCCGGAGCAGGUGCCCGCCAAACGGCACAGCACCGGCGACAUCUUUAAUGAGGAUCUGGACGCGAACAUACGGGCACAGGAGCUGGCCGGCAAUGGUGGUGGUGGUACUGGACGACAUCGGCGCGUACAUUCGGAUACGACGAGCUAUGGGCUGACGGGCAGGACUAGCUCGAAGGUCACCGGACAACCCAACUGCACGGUCGGGAUCAUGUUGUGCUUUGUGCAAAGUAUUGCUAGCAUGAAUCACGGUGGCAGUAGCAGCAACUCGUCGAUGGUACGGAGCGGCAGCAAACUCGGCUCGUCCGAGGCAUCGUCCACGUCGUCGGCAUCCUCUUCUUCACCGGCUGGCAAACGGCUGAACAAGGCACGCCGUAUGAUGCUCCGCAAGUCAAGAUCUGCCAACAGUGUUGGGCUAGGGACGCGUCCACUACCACUGUCCUCCACGAUAGAACCUCUCAGCAGUGUGGAAACCUCCGGUGGACAGCCGGAGGGUGCGGCCCACCUGAAUGUACUCUCACGCAGCCCUAGUCAUUCGACGGCCAAGAGCGAUCCCAAAUCGCUCAAAUCGCUGUCACCAUCGGCACGGUCGUCCACCAUCCGCAGCUCUAGUCCACAUCCACUGAAAUCGUUCAGCAGCACGCGGGAUGCCGUCGACAAGCCGGAAAAACACCACAAAAAGAAGGAGGGUGGCAUGUCCUGGGAGCAGAAAAAGUUUGCCCAACAUUUUGCCCAGGUGCCGGACGAUGAGGUCGUGCUGGAUUAUUUCUCCUGCGCCCUUGUUGGAGACAUCCUGCUGCAGGGCUAUCUGUACAUUACGCAGAACUACUUCGCCUUCUACUCGAACGUGUUUGGCUACGUGACAAAGCUACUCAUCCCGACCGUUUCCGUGCUGGACAUAUCGCGUGAGAAGACGGCCUACAUGUUCCCGAACGCCGUCGGUGUGAAGACGCGCGACGAUCGGCACGUAUUCGGUAGCUUCCUCAGCCGGGAAGCGGCCUACUAUCUGAUGUGCAGCGUGUGGGAAAGGGCCACAACGCCGCACAGUGAUUCGCUUGGUAGCAUUCAGCAUACCAGGUUGGCACCGCUGCACGCCGAAGGUUCCGAGGGUUCGCUGGACGAGGAUAGUAGCUGUUACGAUGGGAUGGAAAGUUCAUUCCACGGGAAGGACGAAAUGCCCGAUCUGCUCGAUUCGGGUGAUUCGAACGAGAAGCAACUGAUGCACGCAACUGAAGGCGCCGGUACGAAUCAAUCGUCUGAUGAUUCUACCGUGCUGCAGAAGCAAAAGAAACUUAAAAAGGAAUUACUGCUCAAAUCGCCCGCAAUCGUUAAAAGCCCGGCCAUACUCAAGGUGGCCGUCGCAGCCGGCGCACUGGAGGGUUUGAAGGGCGAAAAGACUAUUCCGAUGCUGGCGGGCGGUUUGAUUGGUGAUGGGCCGGCCGGUAUGGCGAGCGUUGGUGGUACUGGCCGCAGUGUUUACGGUGACGGUGCCGGGCGUAGCAAAUUGUCCCUCGUAAAGCAAAAGCUUCGGCACAUCCUUCCCUCCGAUUUUGGUAUUAUACACAUAGGAUUAAUAUUAGCUGUGCUGAUGGCUCUGUUUUCCUGCUUUCUGGCCUACAAGAUACACGCUUUGCAGGCCCGUCUCGCUGCGCCACCCAUUCGAUUGGGUGACGAUACAGACUUCUAUCUCGAUGUGCUCCGGUGGCAGAAGCGUCUGCACAGUAAAAGCAAAGAGGAGGCUCAGAUCGUGCUUAACUCGAACCUGGAGCAGAUCAUCAAGGUGCGCAAGAGUCUGGAAACGCUCUCGCUGCUGAUCAAGGACUCGGCUGCGGAUGGUAGCGGCGGUGGAGAUGAUCAGAGUUUGCUCGGUGCCAUGAUUGCCGCGGACGGUGCCAGCGUGCUGGAGGACAGUGGUAGCAUAAAUCAACAGUACUUCCACGAGGACGCUACAUAG